AGCUCCGGCAUUUUGAUUUCUCCGAGCAAGCUGUCUGCCAAGACAAUGCACCUUUCCGGCACAGGGCACAACACUUAAAAGUGCGUGGAUUGAGAUCGUGCGCCAUAUCCCAUUCUUCAUGUCUGGUGGUGUUGAACACCCCGUUGAGCCCCUCCAUGAGCACGAGCGCCUCCACGAGAGCGAGAUUCCAAGCGAAGAAGUCAUUGGCAAUGUAGGCCCCACAGGAUAUCUCGACCCUCCACCUGGCGUCCCGGUACCUACUGGCUUCGAAGGGCAACCAAACCCCGUGCUUCCGCUCAAUGGCCACCUUAGUGGUCAGGAGCGUCGCAAUGACCUCCAAGGGAAUAUCGGAACAGCUGCCGAUGAGGGGGCAAAGCUUGCGCAGAACAGUCUCCAUAUUGAUCUGCUCGCACGCAAAGUCGCUCCCGAAAUGGCGGACAAAUUGAACGUUGGGUUUGACAAGAGCUGGUUGCCAUUUUUCACGGGGGAAGGGUCCAACCCAGAUGCGUACAGUAUUACGCGGGAGAAUUUCCAGGCAUAUAUACUGUCGCAUCCUGAUCCUGUCGCAUCGAGGUACGCCGUGGUUGACCUUCGUAAUCCUGCCAGUCCGAGCGAUCUUGCCGGGAACGGCGUCAAUACCCAGAUCAGAGGUGCUGUUCAUGAACACGUCGAUGAGGGCACCUUUGCAGGAAGCUCGCUAUCUGUCCCUUAUGAUUUUCGUAAGCUCAAGCUCCCUGUUCCGGGGAAUUUCAAGGCAACCAUUGAAGCCAAUUGGGCACAGGCUGUCUUGCGUGAGCCAUGGAAGUCAAUCCGAAACAAGGACAUUGUCUUUUUCCACUGCCGUGAAAGUAUCAACCGCACACCGUACAUUGCCUCAGGAUACCUUGAGUAUGGGCGGCCAUACAACUCCAAGCAAAAGGUCAUUAUCAUAGAAGGUGGCUUCAACAAUGAAAUCAACUGGCCACAAGGAACAACUGAACCCUGGAAUGUCAAUGUAUAAAGUAGUUGUUCUGUAAAUUCAUUUAAAUACAUUCAGCUAUGUAGACUAACAACACAAGUUAGUCUCACUGCAGGGGGACUUAUUUUUUUUCCGCGGAAAA